AUGUUUGGCUGGUACCAAAGAAGCCUUGCGCAGCGCCCGAUUUUAACGCAAAGUCUAACUACAGCGUGCCUCUUUGCCGUAGGCGAUGGUCUCGCUCAGCAGGGAGUGGAAAAGAAAGGUCUCACCCGCCAUGACAUGACCCGCACUGCGCGCAUGGCGCUUUAUGGCGGAGCUGUCUUUGGUCCAGUUGCCACGAAGUGGUUCCAGUUCCUCCAGAAUAGAAUCCAGCUGUCAACAGUCCCGAGGACGUUGGCUACCCGGGUCGCCGCCGACCAGCUUCUUUGCGCCCCUACGAUGAUCGGUGUUUUUUUGUCCAGUAUGUCGAUCAUGGAGGGCAGUGACCCUAAAGAAAAGCUGCAGCGAACAUACUGGGAGGCACUGCGAGCCAACUGGACGAUUUGGCCUGUUUUGCAAGGCUUGAAUCUUUCCCUCGUGCCGUUGCAGUAUCGAGUUCUGAGUGUAAAUGUUUUCAAUAUUGGAUGGAAUUGUUUUUUGAGUUUCCUGAACAGCGCAGAGGAUAUUAAAGAAAUAGAAGCUGCUUAG